AUGGCUCAUAGGGCUCUAUACCUGCGUCACAGCGAAUUUUCUUUACACGGAAGGAUCACGGUUGCUACUAUGAAUUUCCUCUUUUUCUUAAUAAUCUGUAAUAUGCUUACUUUGCAAGCCCUGAAGGUUCUUAAACUUCAGCAUGUUGCUCGGAAAUGUUUAUAUACUUCGACAUUACGUUAUCAAAAUCCCAAUUCGAAAGAGCCGUUUCUAAAUGGAACUUCAUCCAACUACAUAGAAGAUAUAUAUGAGGCCUGGUUGCGGAAUCCUGAUAGCGUUCAUAAGAUGCGUAGUUUCUGGGCUGCCCCAGGUGAAGCAUACAUCAAGCCACCCACUUUAGGUAAAGAACAUAUGAAGUUCCCUCAUUUGGCUCCUCAAAUCACUGGACAGGCAACAGGAUUGAGUGUAAAAUCCAUUGAAGACCAUCUUUCUGUGCAGGCUAUAAUUCGUUCAUAUCAGUCUCUAGGUCAUCGUAUCGCCAAUCUUGACCCUUUGGGCAUAUUAUCUGCAGAUUUGGACGAUUCUAUACCCCCUGAGUUGUCGUUGGGCUUCUACAAGCUUGACGAACCUGACUUGGAUAAGACGUUUAGAUUACCACCUACUACUCACAUCGGGGGUGACAAACAUGAACUUACUCUGCGUGAAAUAAUCAAACGUCUAGAGGAAGUAUACUGCAAGCACAUUGGCAUUGAGUACAUGUUCAUAAAUAGCUUGAACAAAUGUGACUGGAUAAGACGAAAAUUUGAAACACCUGGUUCAAUGAGCUUUACUGCGGAAGAAAAACGUUUAAUAUUAGCCCGCCUCAUCCGAUCGACAAGAUUUGAAUCAUUUUUGGCAAAAAAGUGGAGCUCAGAAAAGCGUUUUGGUCUCGAAGGAUGUGAAGUAUUAAUUCCGGCAAUGAAAGCUGUUAUCGAUUCUUCAUCUACUCUUGGCGUCGAAAGUUUCGUAAUCGGAAUACCGCAUCGUGGGAGGUUGAAUGUUCUGGCCAAUGUUUGUCGUAAGCCGUUGGAUGAUAUAUUUUGUCAGUUUGAUUCGAAAUUGGAAGCAUGCGAUGAAGGCAGUGGUGAUGUGAAAUAUCAUUUAGGCAUGAGCCAUCAACGUUUAAAUCACAUGACAGGCAAGAUGAUCAAUAUCGCAGUGUGCGCUAAUCCAAGUCAUUUGGAAGCAGUCUGUCCAGUUGCUCAGGGUAAAACAAAAGCCGAACAGUUCUAUCAAGGUGAUACUGAUGGAAAGAAAGUUAUGUCAAUCUUGAUUCACGGAGAUGCUGCAUUCAGUGGUCAAGGUGUUGUUUAUGAAACCUUUCAUCUUAGUGAUCUGCCUUCUUAUACAACUAAAGGUUCCAUCCACAUUGUCGUAAAUAAUCAGAUUGGCUUUACUACUGAUCCUCGUAUGGCUCGCUCAUCACCAUAUUGUACUGAUGUGGCACGAGUAACCAAUUCACUCAUACUCCACGCUAAUGCUGAUGAUCCUGAAUCGGUUAUGCAUGUCGCGAAAGUCGCUGCAGAAUGGCGUUCGGAAUUUGGUAAAGAUGUUGUUAUCGAUCUUGUUUGUUAUCGUCGUUCAGGCCAUAAUGAAAUGGAUGAACCAAUGUUUACUCAGCCACUCAUGUAUAAGCGUAUUCGUCAACAGCCAACUGUAUUGGAACAAUAUAGUAAAAAACUAAUUGGUGAAGGGAUUGUCUCUGAACAAGAAUACAAGGAUGAGAUAGCUAAGUACGACCAAAUAUGUGAAGAUGCUUAUGAAUUAGCAAAGAAGCACACUGUUACAUAUAAUCGAGCUUGGAUUGAUUCUCCAUGGCAUAACUUCUUUGAAAAUAAAGAUCCAAUGCAUUUACCAAAUACAGGAGUAGAAAGUGAUGUCUUGGAGCAUAUUGGUCGUGUAAUUAGUGAACCUCCUGAAGGAAUGAUUAUUCAUCCUGGCUUAAAAAGAGCACUGAGGGAACGUAAAGAUUUGCUGGAACAAAAGAUGGCUAAUUGGGCUCUCGGUGAAUUGUUUGCCUACGGAUCCUUAUUAAAAGAAGGUUUCCAUGUCCGACUAUCUGGUCAAGAUGUUGAACGAGGAACAUUUUCACAUCGACAUUGUGUUUUACACGAUCAGGAAGUGGAUAAAAAAACUUUGUUCCAUUAA